UAAUUUAUGAGCAAAAAAUAAAAUAAAAUUUCGUUGACUGAAUUUUAUACUGCCCUUUUUUUCUUGGUUGUUGAUUCUCUCUCUCAUAAAAUAAAAAUUUUUUAAAAAUCAUAAAAAAAUGGUUUUUCAAGUAAAUAACAUUCUUCGACAAUUAUCGGUGUCAAGAUUAAUAUCAAUCAAAACAAAUUCAUUUAAUCAUCAAAUUAUACGUACGGAUUAUACAUCAACACGUAAUUCAUUGAAAAUUGGUUCACAUACAAAAGUUAUUUGUCAAGGUUUUACUGGUAAACAAGGUACAUUUCAUUCAAAACAAGCUAUUGAAUAUGGAACAAAAAUGGUUGGUGGUGUAUCACCAGGUAAAGCUGGUCAAAUUCAUUUAGAUUUACCUGUAUUCAAAACAGUUAAAGAAGCACGUGAUAAAACAGAUGCUGAUGCAACAGUCAUCUAUGUACCGGCACCUGGUGCUGCAGCCGCUAUUAUGGAAGCAUUAGAUGCUGAAAUACCAUUAAUUGUAUGCAUUACCGAAGGCAUUCCUCAAUUGGAUAUGGUUAAAGUUAAACAUCGUUUAGUAAGACAAAAUAAAUCACGUUUAAUUGGUCCAAAUUGUCCGGGUAUUAUAAAACCGGGUGAAUGUAAAAUCGGUAUAAUGCCCGGUCAUAUUCAUACACCGGGAAAAAUUGGUAUCGUAUCAAGAUCCGGUACAUUAACCUAUGAAGCUGUACAUCAAACAACCGAAGUUGGUUUAGGUCAAUCACUUUGUGUUGGUAUUGGUGGUGAUCCAUUUAAUGGUACUGAUUUUAUUGAUUGUUUGGAAAUUUUUUUGAAUGAUCCUGAAACAAAAGGAAUAAUUUUAAUUGGAGAAAUUGGUGGUAAUGCUGAAGAAUUAGCAGCCGAAUAUCUUAAGAAUAAUAAUUCUGGUCCGAAUGGUAAACCUGUUGUAUCAUUUAUAGCCGGUUUAACAGCACCACCUGGACGUCGUAUGGGUCAUGCUGGUGCAAUUAUUGCCGGUGGUAAAGGUGGUGCACAGGAUAAAAUUGAUGCAUUAGAAAAUGCCGGUGUACGUGUUACACGAUCACCAGCACAAAUGGGUUCAUCAUUAUUGGAUGAAAUGAAAAAACGUGGUUUAGCUUAAAGAGAGAAUCUUCUUUGAAACAAAAAAAUUUAACACCCGCACACACAUACUUGACACUAAAAA